AGUGGGGGUAUGAAUAAUGUGUUGGGAUAAAGCAUGAGAAGUGGAUGGCGAGGAUAACAGAGAGUGUGAAAUUAUAGCAAGUAGGAUGAGGAUGGGUCCCACCUAACUAUAUUAAUAUAUCGCUUUUAUUUUCUUUCCACUGACACAAAAUCCAUACAUACAAUACCACAUCAGCGCCUCCGUGGGAAUGGACGAAUCACAAUCGCCGCACCUCGCUCUUCCCUCCAAUUCAGCGUCCUAAGCUUUCCAAAGCCCCAAAACGGAAACUUCUAGGUUCUUCUAGAACCUUCUAUUACGUUCCAACUCUUCAGGACCCAUGGCCGAAACUCGGAGAUCCACGGGCACCGUUAAGUGGUUCAACGCGCAGAAGGGUUUCGGAUUCAUAACUCCCCAGGACGGCUCCGAAGAUCUCUUCGUUCACUUCACUUCCAUCCGAUCCGACGGCUACCGCUCCUUGACCGAGGGCCAGUCUGUCGAGUUCCUACUCGAUUACGGCGACGACGGCCGUGCCAUGGCCGUCGACGUCACCUCCGCCGUUAGAUCUCGCCGUCCAGGAGGUUUUCGCGGUGGGACCGGGAGAGGAAGAGGACGCUACGGCGGAGGGGAAGGCCGUGGUGGAGGGAUCGGCCGGAGAGGGGCAGGAGGUUACGGCGGUGGAGGAGGAGGACCUGAGUGUUAUAAUUGUGGAAGAAUAGGUCACUUGGCUAGGGAUUGUUACCACGGACAGGGUGGUGGUGGUGGUGGUGGUGCAGGUGGUGAUGGUAGGAUACGGAGACGCGGUGGAGGAGGAGGCGGCGGCGGUGGUGGAGGAGGGUGUUAUAACUGCGGGGAGGAAGGGCAUUUUGCAAGGGAAUGUCCGAACGUUGGGAAAUUAAAUGAGUGAGAAUGUGGGGUUUAUGAAUUAUGAUUUCUUCUAUUAUAUUGUGAGUCUGCUAUUGUUAGUUGGGGUUGGUUGCAUGGGUCUGUUAUUUUUGGUUUCUAGCCAUUGGCUUUUGUUCUAAUAUGUUUUGCAGAUUUUGCUAAUUGUUUCAUCUAAUGCGGUUCUUUUGAUGAAGUGAUUAUGGUUGUUCCUCCCGUUGAAUAUGAAGCAAGGGAAGCCAUAACUAAUGGCUAAUUUAAUCAAUUUAUUAAUUUAGCAAAACAUUGCAUUUGCUUCUAUGCUCUGUCCUCAAACUAUCUAUAUUUGUGUGGCAGUCUUGCCAUUCUGAUCA